AUGGAAAUAGAUCAUAUGCGAACUGUGGAGCUUCUGGCUGCAAAAGCCGCCACCUGGGGUCUUCCAGAAGCUGUAGAAGAUGCAGAAUCUGACACAGAAGAGGAUGUCGUCGGACUAAUUUCGGGGGCACUGAAAGAUAUCAAAAAACGGGAAAAAGAUCUUGCGGAGCUCCAAUUUCCACCGGAAAUCACCGCGAUUCGAUCGAAUAUGAAACGAUUCCGUGAUCUGCAGAAGCAAAUUGAUAAUUCUAAAGCGACAAUGAACGAGCUACGAGAAGCCUACGAAUCAGUUUCCAGUAGAACUUGUUCACUCCAUGACGCUUGUGAUCGGGCUCUCGCCGAGCAAACUUCGCUUUCCACCGGCUCACAGCUCAUCAAGACUAAUUUGUAUUAUUUCAAGCAAGCUGAUGCUAUUAUGAAGAAGCUCUCCGUGGCAAAGCUUAUGGUAACCGGACACUCUUUCGCGGCAAUAUUAGUCUCAAUUGACGAGUGUUUGACAUAUUUAAGAGCUCAUCCAGAAUAUAAAGAAUCAGAAGCCUAUAUUUCAAAAUUUGAGCAGUGCCUGAGCAGAGCAAUGACUUGGGUUCGUGUUGCUGUGCUCGCUGACUUGGAAGCUUGCUUCAAUGCAGUCAAGGAUAGACAGGCUCAGUUGGAGCUGGACUACGAGAAAAUCGGCCGUGCAGGACAAGAAGAGGACACCUUCGCAUUGCUCUAUGGUGUAUUCGCAUCGAAGGCGGCAGUCGUGAAAGCCUCAAUAAACGUGGUCGAACAACGUUUCUCAGCUGUACCUGAAUUCGAAGAAAUGCUCGCCGAGUGCCAAUAUGCAUAUUUUGCAAAACGAAAUCUACUUCUCGGGCCAAUUCUCGAAUCGACACUUGCCAAUCUUUCUGGAACUCACGAUGAUUCGACAUGUCGUUUGACUCGUGACGCAUGCACAUUCAUGCUCCGAACAUGUGACGAUGAAUAUCGUCUCUACCGUCAAUUCUUUGUAACUCGACAUACCGAAGAACGGAAACUAUCAACUGACGGAAGAAUUAGUCCAGCAAUGUCUACAAUUACUUCUGUAUUCACUUCUGCACAAUCUCCACAACAAGUUCACCCAUUUGAGACGUUUUCCGAGCAAAUGUGCCGUACUUUGUACGAUAUGCUCCGUCCGAGAAUAGUUCAUAAUCCACACUUGGAAACACUUGCAGAGCUGUGUACAAUGAUUAAAAUUGAAAUGAUUGAAAAUCGAUGUUCACUUCAAAUGGUAGCAUCAAUUCUUGGAGAUGAUGCAUCAAAUGAUCAAAAUGUUUCUGGGCUCAAUCCGAGAGCUGGAUUUGUUUCUGUGAUGAGCGAGUUGGUUGGAGAUAUUGCCGAGAGAAUUGUCUAUAGAGCCGGAAUGUAUGCUCAAAACGACAUUGCCGCAUAUCGUCCAGCUGCCGGAGACAUUGCAUACCCGCAGAUGCUCCAAAUGAUUCGAAAAAUCGAAAAUGAGCAGAAAGAGCAACAAGAGAAAGAGCCCGAGGAGGGAAGUGCUCCGGCAACAGCAAUUGAUCAGCAUUGUCUAUGGUAUCCAACAGUACGCAGGACUGUUAUGUGUCUUUCCAAGAUUUUUCCGUGUUUGGAUAUUGGCGUAUUCCACUCUCUGGCUCGUGACAUGCUCUUCUCUUGCAUAGACUCACUCGAAACAGCAUCCAAAGCAAUCAUGGAAUCUCCAGCUCCUGCAAAAGGAUGGAGCAAGAAGCUCGAUGCUCAUCUAUUCGUCGUCAAGCAUUUGCUCAUUCUACGUGAGCAAACUGCUCCAUACCGUCAGAAUGUGUUGAGUUUCAGGUCGGAUUCUCUCAACACAAAGGACUUUUCCAUCGACUUUUCCAAGUUUACAAAUGUUUUGUUUGAUUCCAAAUCGAAAUGGUUCGAGUUGAGCACUGACAAUGCGCUUUUGGAGCUCAUCACUACAGUUCCAAUAGAAAUGCGUGAACAGGAGGGAGAUUCACGUCGUGUUCUCGAUCAACAGCUCCGAGCCUCUACCUUUCGUCUUGCUCACGAAGCUUCACUGCUCAUGAUUCGAGAUCUAGCUGAUUGGAUUGAAAUUGCCGAGGAUGAGCGUAUGAAAGAAGGAUUCCAGUUGUCAGGGCAUCCGAAACUAGCCGCCGGCGUGCUUAAAGAUGUGUCUGCUGUGGCGUACAGAAAUGUGGGCACCAAGUUUACGGAGAUCCGUGCCGCGUACACCCUCUACAUUGGCGUCCCGGAAACCGAGGAAAUUCUCCUGUCGCCUGUUCGAAAACGUGUCAUUGACAUCUUCACACGUGUCAUCUCAUUUGCCUCAAAAACCUACGAUGCAGAAUCCCUGGCGAUUGCUGGUCUUCCGAAUGUGCAACAGCUCAUCUUGCUGCUCAAUAAGUGAUUGAGCCGAGAACAAUAAUUUAUUUUUUAUCAAUUUUUUAUGUAUCCUUUUUUAACCCCGGGUUUUUUCCGCUAUGGCUUUGGUUUUUUCUCCGUUUUCUCCGUUCGAAAAUAUGUGAUUUUUAUGGCUUGAACAUGCUUGUUUGUGAUGAUAAAUGUAAUCGUAUGGG